CGCGUCGAUGUAAAUCGACCUCAUAUUUAUAGGAGUAGGGCAUUUUGAAACGAUUACCGAAAUUACAGGUGUGUCAAAAAUGCUAAUUCCUAAACCUGUUAAAAAGUGUUAUACACAAGUCAAUGAAAUUGAAAAAGCAGUCAGUUCUUUGUAAAAAGCAGGCCAUUGAUAGUGCAAAAAAUUAGGACUUAUCUUACAUGCGAGGUAUCAGAACAUAUAGCUAUCACUACAUUUUGGUCUCUGAAGAGGCGACAAUGACACCAGACAAGAGGAAAGUGAUUCUGAGAGUGGUCUUAGAUGUCAUUUCAGUUGCAUGUGUUGCCUUGCCUGUGCUGAUCCUGUACUAUUAUGCCAAGCCGUACCACCGAGGCUUCUACUGCAAUGACGAGACAUUGAUGCACCCCUACCUCUCGAACACAGUACCAACAUGGGUGGCAGGGUUUGUGGGCAUCAUUCUACCGUGUAUAGCUAUCCUUACCAUAGAAGGCAUCAAGGCACACAAAGCUGAGUUGAAGAUGGUGACUUACAUCGGCAUUGUCUACCAACUGGUUAUCCCGUUCUUCUUUGGGGCUGGGUUGACCCAGUUGACGACGGACAUUGGAAAGUACACCAUUGGGAGGCUACGGCCCCACUUCUUGACAGUCUGUGUACCUGACCCAGCCAAAUGUGCUGCCUCUACAGGCUACAUAACUGAAGAUAUCUGCACAGGGAAAGACACAGCAGCCAUUGAAGAGGCCAGACUGUCAUUUCCCUCAGGCCACUCUUCCAUGUCCUUCUACUGCAUGAUCUGGCUCAUGGUAUUCCUGCAAUACAAGUUCACAUGGAAGCGGUACUGGCUGGUACGGCCCGUCCUGCAGGCGAUAGCAUUCUACCUGGCCUACUACACGGCACUGUCUCGCAUCUCAGACUACAUGCACCACUGGAGCGAUGUCCUCUCUGGAGCUGUCAUAGGCAUUGUUGUGGCUUUACUGGAUGUUUUCUUCAUGUCCAAUAUAUUGCCUUGGCGUCGCAACAAGUGUCAAGACUGCAGCAGUGAUCUCCCUUUGUACACUACGCCCAACAAGGGCUCGACAACAGUGUCCCAGGUCUCAAACAUACAAAACCUUUGACAUCCUCCCAUAAGGGAGAGCAGCCUGUAGUGGAGAGCUAGAAAUGUCAGUGCUGACGGGAUUUAAGGGCUCAUAUCCACGUAACAGGGUAGUAAAAACCUUAAAAUAAUAGUUCCUUAAAAUAAUUAAUAUUAAUUAUUAAUAAGCAUUUUGUUAGGUCACUUAAAUAUAAUUUUGUCUUGAAUAGUUUAAUUUAAAAAAACUUAAACAUCAUUUUUCCAUUUCUUGAUAAAUGUGUUUCUCAAACAAGAAAUAAGUUUCUUACUUUAGAAUGAAAUUUAGAUGUUUCUCUUACAUAGAGAAUAAGCAGAGAAGUCACUUCUUCCUCAAAUUUGAAAGUUGGCUGAGCCCUGAUAAUUCAAGAUUUUCUUUGAGGCCUUGUGGAUGCAGCUCUCUGUUGUUAUUUGAAGCCCUUUUGUUUUCCAUAUGUUUUUUUUUUCACAUUCUACAAAAAUGUUAUUUUCUACAAAUCAAGCAUACCAGUGAUAACUUAAUUUAAUGGCAUUUUAUGGAGUGUUUGAGUUCUGCUGUCUCAUGCACUUUAUCUGCAGAUGUUGUUUUGAAUUUCCUAAACAAUUUCAUGUAACUUUCAGCUGGUAAACAGCAAGCAGUGGGAUUAAUCCUACUUCGUUUUGUCGACCAAACAGUGUUAACUCUUUCAGUGCUUGAACCAAAUUUUGAAGGCCUUUAUAUCAGGACCUUGCCCCUUAAAAUAUGGAUUAGAUGGGGUCAGUGAUUUCAUUACUAAUUAUUAAAUAAAUGUUGUUGACCUAAACUGGGCAUAAUGCAUGUGCGUAAAGUGUCGUCCCAGAUUAGCCUGUACAGACUUAUCAGGGACGACACUUUCCGCCUUAACUUGAUUUUUGGUAAGAAGGGACUUCAUUGAAACUAAAAAUACCAUAAAAGCGGAAAGUGUCGUCCCUGAUUAGCCUGUGCGGACUGCACAGGCUAAUCUGGAACAACACAUUACGCUCAUGCAUUAAGCCCAGUUUUCUCAGAAUGUGACUCAUAUCGUACAGUGAGACAUUGUUGUUUAUGGGGUUUGAUAGGUCAAGUUCAUGGACCCAUUUACUAGAAGAAAAAGAUUAUGCUUAUUAAGCAAACACGGAAUAUAGCUAUUUAAAUUAAUGUUCCUGUUAAUAUAUAACUAAUAUGUUAACUGGUCACAUCAAUAUUUUAUUAUCCCCAGCCAUCGACAGAGGGAUAUUGUUUUGGGGUUGUCCGUCCGUCCGUCUUUCCAUCCGUCCUUCUGUUCGUCUGGAGCCAUAUCUUGGAAGUGCUUUGGCGGAUUUCAUUGAAACUUGGUAUGAGUAUAUAUAGGGAUAAGGGGAUGAUGCACACCAAAUCAAAUGGCAUUGUACACCGUCUGUUAAUAAAAGAGUUAUGGCCCUUUGUAUCUUGAAAAAAUGCUUUUUUGAGUGUCAAAUAUAACAUUUUUGUGUCCAGAAGCAUAUUGGUGGGGGAAAUCAAUUCAACAAAUUUGCUUGUUUAGUAUUAUUUUUAGCUCAUUUAUUUAAAAAAAAAAAAUGAGCUAUUGUCAUCACCUAAGCGUCGGCGUCUGCGUCGUUGUCCGGUUAAGUUUUGUGUUUAGGUCCUCUUUUCUCAUAAAGUAUCAAAACUAUUGCAUUCAAACUUGGUACAGUUACUUACUAUCAUGAGGGGAUUGGGCAGUCAAAGUAAGAUAACUCUGGCGUGCAUUUUGACAGAAUUGUGUGCCCUUUUUAUACUUAGAAAAUUGAAAAUUUGGUAAAGUUUUGUGUUUAGGUCCACUUUAUUCCCUAAGUAUCAAAGCUAUUGCCCUCAUACUUGCGCCACUUACUAACUUUCAUAAGGGGACUGUGCAGGCUAAGUUAUGUAACUCUGACUGGCAUUUUGACAGAAUUAUGGCCCCUUUAUACUUAGAAAAUUGAAAAUGUCAUUAAAUUUUGUGUUUUUGUCCACUUUACUCCUAAAGUAUCAUAGCUAUUGCUUUCAGACUUGGACCACUCGCAAACUAUCAAAAGGGGACUGUACAUGACAAGCUGCAUAACUCUGGUUGUCAUUUUGACGAAAUUAUGGCCCUUUUUUGACUUAGUAACUUUUAAUAUAUGGUUAAAUUUUGUGUUUACAUCCACUUUACUUCUAAAGUAUCAAGGCUAUUGCUUUCAAACUUCAAAUACUUUCAUACUAUCAUGAGGGUACUGUCCUGGCAAGUUGAAUUUUACCUUGACCCUUGAAUGACCUUGACUCUCAAGGUCAAAUAAUUAAAUUUUGCUAAAAUUGCCAUGACUUCGUUAUUUAUGAUCAAAUUUGAUUGAUACUUUGACAAAACAACUCUUACCUGACAUACUACAUCAGACUCCACCCAAACCAUCCCUCAUUUCC